AGCGGUUAGUUAGUGAAGAAAUGGCUCUGAAUCCGCAAUACGAGGACAUUGGCAAAGGAUUUGUGGAACAGUACUAUCUACUAUUCGACAAUCCCAACUCGAGAUCCGGACUAGUCAAUUUUUACAAUGCCGAGACGUCUUUCAUGACCUUCGAGGGUCAACAAAUUCAGGGAUCUAUGAAGAUUCUGGAAAAACUCCAGGGUCUGACGUUUCAGAAAAUCAACAGAAUCAUCACUUCCGUGGACUCGCAGCCGAUGUUCGACGGCGGUGUUCUGAUCAAUGUACUGGGACGCCUACAGUGUGAUGACGAUCCACCUCAUGCCUACAACCAAAUUUUCGUCCUCAAGCCAGUGGCGAACUCAUUUUACUGUGCCCACGACAUUUUCCGCUUGAAUAUUCACGAUACGGCCUAGGAUGUGGUAAUCCAACACAAUCUCAUCAGUUCUCAGCUGAAAUAAAUGAGGAUCCAUUCAACUUGAGUUACAUAUUUUACCCAUGAGCUUGAGACCAGAAGAAGUCACUCUAAAACACAAUAAUUUGCUUUAAAAAUCAUGAAAUUUCAUCAGAAAUACUUUUGUGGUUGGCUUUUGAUGAAAUCUCAUGCAAAUAUGAUGUCCAGAUAUAAAAUAUGAUGUUAAUUCUUGGUAUAAAAUCUCUCUCAAUUCUAUGAUUGUGUCACGCAUAAACUCAAUUUUAUCAUGAUUAAUUAAGUCAUUGAAUUUUUUAAUACAGAAAAGAUAUCUUUAACAUUUUGAACUGAAUAAACGAAAUGGAA